CAUGAAGCCACAGAGUAAUUGGUACCUAUUAAGAAACGCGCAAUCAUCCAGAUCUGUCAAUGACUGGUUUCUGCAAUCCACAAUGCUUCACCGCCACCUACUAUCGUCCAGGGACAUUCCUACCAAUUUGUAGACAGGGCAGUCGUUCGAAGCUCGGAUCAAAUCAUGUCUUUGUACGCCUAGACGCGGUACCUUUUUCGCUUUGGGACUCUUCAAGAGGAAGCGGUUUGGCGUUUGAGGUGUACUCGACCUGGCAGUUAGAUCGAGUUUCCUUUGCCUUACAUACCCAGAGAACCAGCCUUUGUUUCAGAGGAUGCAGGUUUUCAACAUGGAUGCUGUUUCAUCGAUAGUGGUCAACACUGGUAAUGGAAGUUCCCGUGUAUGCGCGGGAUAGUAAGAAUUCGUCGACAAUGUAUUGGAUUGCGUUGGAUAUUUUGUUUUUAUGAAAUCUACCACGUCGGGAAUGAAACAGCAAGGGCUACUAGUUUCGAGAAGAAGAUAACAGAUCUUCUCGAUCAAGGAGUAACAUAUUCG